GGAUUCUGAAUUUUUCUAUUUAACGAUUGUUUCUCGUGUGAUUUGUUUUUGGACACAGAUUUUUUUGAUUUUUUAAUCCUUACAAUAAUGAUUUCUUCUAAACGUAAACCUUUGAUCACCAUCAAACAACAAAUGGUGGCCAAAGAUGAAAAAAAUGAACAACGACAAGAAGUGGCAACACCGAGUAAAUCAAUGGUGAAAACUAUCAAGCUUAACAACAAUGAGUUGCCAACUUCAAAUAUACCUCGAAAAGAUGGGACAAAAUCAUUGACAAAAUUCAAAACAACGACGGAAAAUUAUUAUGAAAAAAUGUAUAGUAAAACUCCAGCUUGUAAAAGAGAGCUAAAAUUCGCAUGCAAUGUCAAAUACGAUCCUAAAAUGGAAACAGGAAUACCAUUAAUAAAGUCUAAACCAACAACAAAAAUUGUUCCAUUUAAAUUUGCGACUGAUGAACGAUCAACAAAACGACCAAAAUGAAUUUCGAAUUCUGGCACAUUUACUUUUAUGAAAAAAAUUCACAUCAAUCAUAAUUUCUUCUGAAAAAGAGACAAAAAUAAAACAAUUUAUUCAUUAAUAAUAA